AUGCAAGGAGAAUUUGAGAUGUCUAUGAUGGGUAAGAUGAAUUAUUUUCUUGGAUUACAAAUCAAGCAAUUAAAUGAUGGCAUCUUCAUCAACCAAUCUAAGUAUUGCAAAGAAUUGUUGAAGAAAUUUGAUAUGGAUAGUUGUAAAGCAAUGUCUACGCCAAUGAGAUUCGGAACCUAUGUUGAUCAAGACGAAUCCGGUGUCUCUAUUGAUAUUACCAAAUAUCGAUGUAUGAUUGGUUCACUUUUGAAUUUGACGGCAAGCCGUCCUGAAAUAAUGUUUAGUAUUUAUUUGUGUGCUCGCUUUCAAGAAAACCCGAAGGAAUCUCAUCUCAUGGCGGUAAUAAGGAUUAUGAAAUAUCUGAAGGGAACAACAAACGUCGGAUUAUGGUAUCCAAAAGGUAGUGUGUGUAAUUUACUUGGUUAUUCUGACGCAUAUUAUGCAGGUUGCAAAACUGAUCGCGAAAGCACUAGUGGAAAAUGUCAUAUUUUAGGAAAUGCUUUAGUUUCAUGGUCAUGCAAGAAAAAAACAUGA